UCCUUGGCAUUUCAUGGGCUGAUUGGGGGGAGGGUAUUCGAGAUUGUGCCAUAGCCAGGCUAUGUGAGCGUGGUGGGGGGAAGCAAUCCAGGGAAGAGGAAGAGACCCACCUUAUGGCUCGUCGGUAGGAGAGAAGGAUUGGGGGUUGCAGGGCCUUAACCUGAUGAAGCAGCUUCAGCCAUGGGACCACCUGGGGGUUGGCUUUGUGGCUGGCCUGGCUGCCUCAGCUGGGUUGAGGGGUGGACAAUGGAGCCUUUCCCCUCCAGGGUUCCCUCUCCGCGCUGGCCUGGGACCACAGUGACUAGAGUCAUUCCUCUGGAUGGCUGACUGGUGCCCUGUGUGAACUGGAUCUGGGGGGUCCCAGUGCUGAUCCAUAGAACCCACCAACCACCAUUGACAUCCUCAGCAGAGGGCAAGGAUUGAAUGGGCCAGGGAGACUGAGAGACAAGCCUGAACUAGGCAGUCCGGAUUCCCAGCUUCUUUUUGUGUCCUGAGAAAGGGGGGGGGGGGGCGUGUUUUAAUGGUUGGGGCCGAGAGCCUGAACUCCUGGGUUCCAUUCCCAGCUCUGCCACUGACUUGCUGCGUGACUGUGGCAAAGUCCAUUCACCCCAUGGCCCCCUACUGCUGGGCUGGCUGAGGUGUGACCUGGAGAGGUCAGCCGAGGGGAGCUGUUCUCUCUUGCUGAUACUCAUGGGCGCAGGGGAAGACUCUUGUCUUAUUUAAAUAUUAAACCGGUGCAGUCUUGGAGGAGGCGGGGACACCAGCUUCACCUGCCACUUCACCCUGUACCUUGCACCUUCGCCACAGCCAUGAAGCAAAAGCAAAGGCUUGAGGAUACCAAGGAGUUAACCCUGAAAUUUGAAUUCAACCCCAGAGACGGGAUUGAUAACCCAGCCCUAUCACUGGCAGAGGACUCCGAUACAGAAGACGCAGGGAAGCCACGAUUCUACCUGCUGACCAAGGGCGAUGGGGAGAGCUUCGGGUUCUGCCUACGUGAGGAAGUGGGGUACAAGGGGCACAUCAUCCGGCAGGUUGCCUGCGGGGGGAUGGCCCAGCGUAGGGGCCUGCAGGACGGGGACCGGAUCCUGGAGGUGAACGGUGAAUACGUGGACAACAUGGAUCACUUCAGGGUGGUGCAGAAGAUCAAGGCCAGUGGUAACCAGGUCGCUGUCGCAGUCCUGGAUGGCAAUGCCUACGAAGUUGCAAAAGCCCUCGACAAGAACCUGGCAGAGCUGCUGCCAGGCCACACCAGGCCGCGGCUCUGCCAUGUCGUGAAGGACAAAAGUGGCUUUGGCUUCAGGGUUUCAGCUCCAGAAGGUGUGAAGGGCACGUUCCGGCUGUCCGUGACGAGUGAUGGCCCAGCGGAUAAAGCGGGUGUCCCCUCUGACUCCUGGCUGCUCGAGCUGAACGGGGCCAGUGUGAGGAACUACACUUAUGCACGGCUCACCAGGAAGCUCAAGCAGAGUGGCAGCAAAGUGACCCUGCUGGUGAUAGAUGCCAAGUUGGAGGAGUUCUACCGGCUUCAGGGUGUCAGGGUCAUAGCUGCCAUGGCCGAUGCCGCCACGCUGCCCUUCAAGGCCAGGAAACUGCACAUGGUGAAAGGUCCAGAUGGCUACGGGUUCCUGCUGAAGGAAGAGAGGGGCAGCUCAGGGAGGAUGGGCCAGUUCCUGUGUGAGAUGGAUACCGGGCUGCCAGCCGACAGGGCAGGGAUGAGGGAUGGAGACCGGCUCCUGGCCGUGAACGGUGAGGGCGUGGAGGGGCUGUGCCACCAGGAGGUGGUGGACAUGAUCCGCGCUAGCGGCAACCAGGUGACGUUGCUGGUCAUUGAUCCGGAUGGAGACAAAUUCUUCAGCUCGAUGGGGCUGUCCCCGCUACUGUUCUGUGAAGAUGGGCACCCUUCAUCGGGCACUCACACGGCCCCAGGAUCUCAUCCCAGCAUGCCUCAACGAAACGGCACGCCCAUUGGCACGCCCCGCCUCUGCCACCUAGACAUGGGGCCGGAAGGGUACGGAUUCCAGCUGCAGACUAUCACCGACAAGCCGGGGGUCUUUAUCACACAGGAGCCACGGUGUGAGGACUGGAAGGGACGGAGCCAGUCAUUCUAACCACUCUGUGCUGGACCUGUGGGCUCAGCACAAUCCCAGCUCUGGAGCGGCUUCAAACCAUGGCCCAGACCAGCCUUGGACAUGCGAUUUUGCACACACAAUAACUUGCACUUUGAUUCUUCCCUUGAUUUUAUUUCCUGGUGAGCUGCUACACCAAUCAGCUGAUCUUGGGACUUUAAAGCUGCCACUUCUCCUGUGAUUGGUCUCAGAGAUUAAGGGCUGGCCCAGUGUGGAAGCAGGGACCAGAACAGGUGAGGUCAGUGAAAUAAGGAGGUUCAGGGGCCUGCACCUAAGGGAAACCAAUCACCCACCUGGCUGAGGCUUCACACCGACUUUUUAUUAACAGACACAGUGGCACCAUGUGUAACGGAAGGACAAUCUUGUCUCUUCACCCCUUUUGCUGAUAGCACUGGCUCUGCCAAGGAGCUGUACCUGGGGGCGCUGCAACAAAGCAUGGAGGUUUGGAGACAGUAAAGUUGCUGCAUUGGGUCCUAAUUGUGGCUUUUACAAGUUAACCUCCCCAGCUGUAUAGUUUGGAGAGACGCUGAGGUUAGGGGCAGUAAAACCCUGCCUGCUGAGAGGUUGUGGCACAUGGGCUGGGGAGGAAGGGGUGCAAUGGACCGGGCUCUCUGUUAAGAAUGAAGAAUUAUCUGGGGGAGGAAUGGCAGGGGGGUCAGCAGUUGCAUGGCACGCAGGGGGCAGGGCCCCAAACAGUUACUCCCUUUUCCUGGUGCCUGACCCCCCUCGUGUAAGUUCCCAACUAGCUGAGGAUCUGGCCCCUUGUAUUGUGCCACGCAUAGACCCCCCUCCCCGCAACCUUCCCUUCUGCAAGCCCCACCCCGCAGCUGCCGUCCAUCCCUCCUGCUGUACAGGAGCUGGCUCUCACUUCCUUCUCUUAUUCUCAUUUUACACAAUUAAAACAAUUUUAAAAAACUA